AUGGCCUCAUCCUCGACAUCGCACCACCACCGCAGCAGCAGCAGCAGUCUGCAGCCCAAAUCUAUUCCACCUCGCACCUCCAGCUCAGGGAGUCACAACCAUUCCAGCAGUCUAACGCAGUCUCCUCCUCCUCCGGCUCCUGCCACCACCAGCACCGCCGACCACGAUAGCAGAUCGAUCCUCAAGACUGUAUCAGAAGGAGACUGGCUCUCCUCCAGACAACCUCCACCACUCGCCCCCCCAUCACCUCUAUCCAGCCCGAACCUGGCCAGGAUGCCUCACGCCCCCGAACCCAACACGACACUGCCGGGUCUAUGGUCGCCACCGUACAAGGUCUCGGGCAUAACCGCCACCGCCGCGCCUCCUCCUCCUCCUCCUCCUCCGACCGGUGACAACGACCCGAACCGCUUCAGAGAUUACGAUCUAAACUUCGGCCCCGGUCGGUCUUGGUCCUCCGACAACGAGCGCAUCGUUCGCGGCCCCUACGACUACGUCGUCAGCCACCCAGGCAAGGACUUCCGCGCGCAGCUGAUAUCCGCCUUCAAUGCGUGGCUGGACGUGGACCCCGAGUCCCUGAGCGUCAUCACGCGCGUGGUCGGCAUGCUCCACGAGUCCUCCCUCCUGGUGGACGACGUGCAGGACUCGUCCGAGCUGCGCCGCGGCUUCCCCGUCGCCCACCACGUCUUCGGCGUGGCCCAGACCAUCAAUGCGGCCAACUACAUGUACUUUGACGCCCUCCGCGAGCUCCAGGCCCUCGACGGUACGCCACCGUCAGGCUCGGGCUCGGGCUCGGGCUCUGCCGGCGCCGGCGUGGCCGUGGCCACCUUUGCCGAGGAGCUGGCCAACCUCCACCGCGGUCAGGGCAUGGACCUCUACUGGCGCGACACCCUCACCUGCCCCUCCGAGGACGACUACCUCGACAUGGUGGGCAACAAGACGGCCGGCCUCUUCCGCCUGGGCGUCAAGCUGAUGCAGCAGCGGUCGCGCGAGCCCGAGCCCCGCACCGACUGCGUGCCCCUCAUCAACCUCAUCGGCCUCAUCUUCCAGAUCAGGGACGACUACAUGAACCUCUCCUCGUCCGAGUACUCGUCCAACAAGGGCCUGUGCGAGGACCUGACCGAGGGCAAGUUCUCCUUCCCCGUCAUCCACUCCAUCCGCGCCGACCCCGCAAACCGCGAGCUCAUCAACAUCCUCAAGCAGAAGACGUCGGACGUCCAGGUCAAGCGCUACGCCGUCUGCAGGAUGGAGGCCACCGGCAGCUUCCAGUACACCAGGAGCGUCCUGGCCGUCCUCAUCGAGAGGGCCCGCAGGACCGCCGUCGAGAUUGAUCGUGGUAGGGGAAAACUCGCCGGUAUCCUCAAGAUACUCGACAAGAUGUCUAUCGAGUAG